UCCGGCUUCCACAUUUCAUUGGUCAGACUAGAAGCUGCCAAAUAUGGAGAGACGCUCGUGUUAACUGUGCCUGGUGUUUGUGAAAUGUUUCCGACUAAAUAUUUGUGCGUACACUUCGCGGGUUGAGUUUCAAACGAAGGUCAUGUAAUAAGAAUAACGCGUCCGUGUGACCGUGUAGUGGCAGUGGCACAGCUUCCAGUGCUUGGAGAACAUGCCAGAGGAGCGCCCCAUGUCUCCUCCUCCUCCUCCUCCUCCUCCUCCUGCACCUCCAGGACCACCACCUCCUCCUCUAGCUUCAGCGCCCCCCAAGAAGAAACUGUACCAGACUAUAGCUAGUGGCAAGAGUCCUGUUGAGGGGGACCAUGAGGAGGCCCGCCUGUUGCUCGGUCACAGGGAGAGCAGCUUCAGGAAGGAUCUGCAGUGGAUAUUGUUCAACAAAUAUGUUCCUUCCCUCAUCCAGGAUGGUCCACAGUGUGGUCUGGUGGCUUUGUGGAUGGCUGCUCACCUACGACAGCCGCAGCUGGGUGUUGACAUGGACACCAUUGUCCAGACAGCUUUGAAGAGGGGUUACACUGCGCAGGGGGAAAUGUUUUCAGCUCACAACAUGGCGCAGCUAGCAGAGGAGGUGUGCGCCUGCAGGGCAGAGCUCCUGACAGGAGGACUAAGAGGUGACAACGCCGCAGCCAUCAUCACACACCUGUGUGAUGGACAGCCUGUCCUCAUCCCCUAUGAUGAGGACUUCAACCAUGAGCCAUGCCAGCGUAGCGGCCACAGGGCGCACUGGGCCGUAGCUUCAGGUGUUCUCCUCGGCCUUGACCAGGGGAGCAUGAGUCAAGAGCACAUCCAGCCCGACCCCUCUCUGCCCUGGCUCUUCCUGCCCAGUGACCUCAGCUCUCCGUGUCCCGUUCCCACCGCGGGAGUCAGAGAAGCUUACAUCCUGGCUAAACAGGGCAAGAGCCUCCGCUACCAGUUGUGGAGUUUAGACUGUGUAGCUCAGAGCAACGAGCAGCUGAGGAUGAUGGACCCCCAGAGGGCCAGCGACGGGACGCUGUACGUGGUCCCUGAGGGAGGGGUGGAAGCUGGGCUAGCUGGCCAGGUAGUGGCACUGCACACAUUGACAGAGAAGUAGUGAUUACUGUGUUGCUACUGUUCAGUGGGAACCAUAUAUGGGACUGACCAUGGGCACAAAAUGCAAUACAAUCUCUGCAGUACAGAAAUGCUGUGUUAAGUUUAUUAGUCUUUUAAGUGGUAUUAUGUGAUUGAUAUAAACCUGUGCAAAUCAGGGUUUCACAACAAAAUAACUGAAUAUGCCUAUGUGCCUUACUUCUGAUACUUAAACUGAUAGUUCCAGUUCUUAUCCAUAUUGUGGUAUUUGCUCCUCACCAGUACUGUUCUUCAGAAUGAAUGAAGUACAGGCCAGUAAGCAACAUGAUUGUGAGGGGUGACCCAAAGUUGAAAAAAUGUUUUAAAAGAUUAAUUUUCCAGCCCUCUUACUUACAAACAGGUGGAAAUGCAAUGUUUCUGUAUCACCAGCUCUCCAGUUCUGUAAGUUUGUUCACACACUUGGUAGGUGAAGUCAUUAUAUAGUGAUAACAGAAAUAAAGUAGUUCCACUAGUUAUCUUGUUUGCUAACUGGAAAGGAGUGUUGGUAAUGUUUACCCAAUAAAUGUGUGUUGUUACACAUCCUUUAAAACAUUUACUCCAACUUCCCCGCUCAAAAUCCUGUUUGCUAUGCCAGGUACACUUCAUUCAUUUUGGAGAUGUAUCGCUUUAGUGAAUGUUGAUCCUGUUAUCAGUUCUAUUCAAACUCAGCAGCUAUGUGCACUUUGCCUUUGAAAUUUUGGAUAAUUUUGCAUGAGCAGCCUGAAAUGUGAUAAAUCUUCAUCACCUCUGAGAACCGUUGGUGCUAAAUAAACCACAUCAAAUUACUGAAGAAUAUUUUGACAAUAAAUUAUUCACAUUCAUGA